UGCUUUCUGUACGGUUAUCGUGGAACAGACGACGACAAAGACGACGACUACAAAAUAUAUGUACAUAUACAAUACAAUACAAUACAGUUUCAUCAUAUUUAAACACACAGACAAACGAAAUAAGAAGAAGAAGAAGAAGAAGAAGAAGAAAAUAAAAUAACAUUGAGACAUAUAGCAGUGAGUGAGAGCAGAAAAACACAGACAGAGAAGUAAAGGGACGUACAUUAAACGUUUCACAUUCGAACAGAAACUACGUACAAAAAUGCAAUAGAUUUGAUUGCAAUUUGUGCAUUUGUGAGUCAAUCUUAUUUGUGUGGACGUUUCAAAAUAGUGAUUUUCCAUUUAAAGCCUAUCGGUUUUCGUCUUCUCGAACUGAAUCAAAUCAUAAAAUAUUUCUUUUAUUUCAAUCGCCACCAAUUAACGUUUAUUUUAAUUAUUUAAAAACGAAAGAAGAAAAGAAAAAUAACAUAAGACGGCGAGAAAUACACGCUUUUCAUAAGUUGAGAUACAACCACACGAAAUUAUUUGGUUUUAGAGAAAAAACGCAACAGUGUUUGACAGACAUAAAAAAAAUCGCACAGUGAGUAAGAGAUGAAAAAACACACAUUUACAUCAUUGGGCAAUAAGAGAUGACUGAAUAAAUCGAAGCCUACUCGCAAACAGCCGGCCGUACGUAAUACACGGAACAGCAUCAAUUGUUUAUAAACACAUUUUCACGCAUCUUAAUUUUUCAUUUUGAAACGACGAAUACAUAACAAAUUACGAGCACAUUUUAAUUAGAAUGAUAGCAACGAGUGAAAAAAAAAAUACAGAGAUGUUAUAAUAUUCAAUAUUUGAAUGCAUACACGAUAGAGUAAUUAUAAUCAUUGAAUUCGCGAGAAAAGGAAACAGCAUCGCUCAAUUCACAAACGACGCGUUGUCUUACACAAAACAACUACGAAAAAACUAGAAGUAACGAAAUGAUUUAGGUGCAUAGUUAAAUUGAAGUAAUAAUCAAAGUCGGCUGAAUAACAAUAAAAAAUAGAAAGGAAAAAAACAAACAAACAAAACAAUAAUAGAUACUCAAAACUAGUGAUCAAGUGUUAGUGCCGAUAGAAUCCAAAUCGUGUGUCUGUAUGUUCGUGCGCGCUCAUCCGCUCGCUCAACAGAAUAACACAACAUUAAAUUCAUUAUUUGAUUCACACAUAAAUUAUGAGCAGUAAUAAUUCAAAUAGCGGCGGCAAUUCAAAUCGAAAUGGUUUCAUUUUUCCGGAUUUUUCGCUGAGACGAUUGUUACUACAAACCAGAACUGGCCGCACACCAUAUAGCACACGAAUGUGUGAUGUUGAACGUGGCAAUGCAUCGAAUAGCGGUGGUGUGGUUACAAACGGCAUCGGAAAUAAUAAACAUGAAAAAUCCAGCCACGGAUCAACGUUGAACAGCGCCAACGAUGUGUCAUCGAGCAAAAGUAAUUCGGACGCGUUAGCACAAAAUCAGAGAACGCAUGCAUCGUCGUCACAUCAACACAAUGGAAACAAUCAACGAAUUAAUUCAAGUGGAUCGUCAAGUGGUGUGAGUUGUGGUGGUGGCGGUGGCGGUAGUAGCAGCACCGCUACUGGUACUGGUGGUAAUUCAAGUAGCAACGCAAAUAAUAAUAAUCGAACGAAUCGAAACAGUCAAGAAUGUCCGUUAUGCUAUAGCCCAGAACCGUCACAAGGAUUUUAUACGAUGCUAAAUUGUAAACAUUAUGCGUGUUGUUCAUGUUUGGAAAGUUAUUUAACAAUCGAAAUAUUUGAAUCACGAACGGAAAUUGCAUGUACACAAUGUUCAGAUGCAAUGCAUCCAAGUGAUAUUGAAGCAUUGCUACGCACAUCGCCAACGAUUAUGAAAAAAUAUGAAGAUUUUAUGGUUCGACGUGUUUUACUCUCUGAUCCAGAUUCAAGAUGGUGUCCGGCACCUGACUGCAGUUAUGCUGUUAUAGCCACCGGUUGUGCGUCAUGUCCGCGCAUUAAAUGUGAGCGUCCUGGCUGUGAUGUUAACUUUUGCUACCACUGUAAAGCCGAAUGGCAUCCGGAUCAAACGUGUGACGCUGCACGUGCAUCGAGACAAAGCCCAAUGCGAGCACCAUCGGGAAGCAUUAGCCAAGAUUCUCAACAUCGUACUGAUGACAUAAAACCAUGUCCACGAUGUCAAGUUUUGAUUGUUAAAAUGGAUGAUGGCUCAUGUAAUCAUAUGGUGUGCGCCGUUUGUGGUUCGGAAUUUUGUUGGUUAUGCAUGAAAGAAAUCAGUGAUCUACAUUAUUUGAGCCCAUCGGGUUGCACGUUUUGGGGAAAGAAACCAUGGUCACGUAAAAAGAAACUCUUAUGGCAAUUAGGUACACUAGUUGGAGCACCAGUUGGAAUUGCGUUAGUUGCAGGAAUUGCCGUUCCGGCUAUGAUUAUAGGUAUACCCGUUUGGAUUGGUCGAAAACUGCACAACAGAUAUCGAUUAUGCGGCAAACAUAAACGAAACUUUGCGGUACUCGGUGGUGUUGCUGCUUCGGUGCUUGUGUCACCGGUUUUGGCUGGCUUGGCCGUGGCUAUUGGUGUGCCAAUUUUACUAUUUUACGUGUACGGUGUGGUUCCAGUAUCAUUGUGCCGUGCUGGCUGUGCGGUGUCAACCACACGAGAUGGUUUUAAAUUUGACAUUGACGAAGAGGACAGCAGUUCGCGGAAUCAUGAUGCAGCUAGUGUUGAUGCUAUAUCCCGCAUUGGUGCGACAAGCAUUGGUGAAGUAAGCUUAAGUGUUGUAAGUGGAAGCCAUUUAGGUGCAUCAUCGCACAAUAAUGCAUUUAAUACAUUGGCCCAAUCGAAUGCAAAUCGCGAAUCAACCACAGCUCUAUCGGGAAGUAUUACUGGUAAUAAAAUGGAAGUACAAGCUGAUGUCAGUGCGUCAGAAACGGCGUCGGCAGUGACUUGUGUCAGUGAAAAGUCGAAUAAUACACAAAAUGACAAUGCAUCAACAAGGGCUUUGGCCGGAUCAAUGUACAAACAGCAUAUAGGAUCAUCGAAUAGCGAAGAUGGUGUGUCAGAGCGUGUUCGUUUUGAUAAUAUUGUCUAUUAUUCCAUGGAUGAAUCUAUCGAAUUGGAAAGUGGCAAUGAAGAUAAGGCAAGUGUGAGUAGUGAGCGUUUUUGGGGAGAUGAUGUGACAUAUAGCAAACGAAACCGGUUGUCUGAAUUGUCACAACAAAAUCGAAAUACUGGUACUGUUGCAAAUCCACCUGAAACCGAUCAAUUGAUUGUUGGUGACGACAGCACCAAAGAUUCUACAAUUGAAGAUAGUUCACAGUUGAAACCAGCACCGUCACCCAGUAAAUUAUCUCUUAAUCAAUCGACAGCAUUAGCGGAUGCAAGUCAACAGGCGACCGCAUCCGAUGCAUCGAAUUCACAAAUGAAAAGUAUGUCGAAAGCAGCUGUUUUAAGGCAUUUAUUCUUUUCACAAAUAAGUUCUAAUAGCAAUGCUGCCAACGCCACUACAGCUCCUGCCACCGCCACCGCCACCGCCACCGAAACUUCAACUUUAGAUAGUUCAAGAGAGAGUAAUUAAUUGCUUUUGCAUUUUAUUUCGUUGUCAACAUUAUCGAUAUUUUAUCCAUUCCUUUCACAAAAUGUACAGAAGUUUUUAGGAAACGCUACGGACAGAGCAGUACUAGAAUAAUCAUUUUUAUCUAAAGUAAUUCUACGUUGUGAGUAGCAGUAAUCCAUUGUAAUACACACUUACAUAAAUUUCAUUUGUACGUUAUGUAUGACAAUUGUUAGGCAUAAAGCGAUCGCCGUAUAUUUCAGAUUGAGACAAUUUAUUGUUGACUAUUUUAAAUAAAAAAAAUGGAAAAUAUCGAAUUUUUGGUCCAAAUUAGAAAUUGGUGUAGAAACUAUAGCACAAUUAAAUUAAAUGGAUUACUGCUUACAACGUAGAAUUACUUUGGACAAAAAUGAUUAUUCUAGAACAGCAUCAAUUUUGUUACAUUAACUCAUUUAACCUUUGUUUGUCUAAUGUCUAAUGCAUAACAUAUGUUAUGCCACCGAGAAGAAAAUCAUUUUAUCGAAUUGAAAGCGUUUAUUGAUCGAGUUGGGGACUAACUGAUAUAGAUUGAAUAUAUCCUACUGAUGAUUAUUACUUUUAAGAGAUACAUAUAUAUAUACACGUAGAUCAAACGAAUUGAUUCAACGGCAAAUCAAAAGCUUUAGAUAUAUUACCUAUAAUAAAAAAAAACUAUAGACAACACAAUUGUUUUAUCAAAGUGUAAUUGAUUAAAGAAUUGUUAUGCAAGUAUUGAUUUUAAAUUGCCUUCAGCAGACAUUCGAUUAACUGACAAAGCUUACAAUUUAUUCCGUUCCACAUAGCAAUCAUUUCAUUUGUGCUUAUAUUUAACUCAAACUUUCUUAUACAAAAAAAGAGAACAUAUUUUAUUUUUGCCAAAAUAACUACUACAAUAAAAUGGUAUAUCACCUUUUUUUGUCUAAAUUACAAUACAAUUCAGAAAAUCUUGUCUCCCUUAACCCUUUAUAUUUCUUCCUUUUCAAUGGAAUCAGACAUUUUAUUUUCAAUCUUAA